AUGAUUUUGAGCCAAGAUCAAGACACUGUGAGUGUUUAUUUUACUAAACUCAAAACCAUUUGGGAGGAGUUGAGCAAUUAUCGUCCGAUUUGUAAUUGUGGAAAGUGUACGUGUGAUGGUGUGAAGGAACUGAACAAAUAUUACCAAACUGAGUACACCAUGUCAUUUCUAAUGGGUCUCAAUGACUCAUAUUCACAAAUUAGAGGACAGAUUCUGCUCAUGGAUCCAUUGCCUCAAAUCAACAAGGUUUUUGCGUUAAUUUCACAAGAAGAAAAUCAAAGGAAGAUUAGUACUCAAGUGACACCUGGCAAUGACCUAAAUGGAGAUGCAGCAUUUGGUUUCAAGGCUAACACUGGAAAAGGAAUCACUUCUCAAGAUACAUACAACGAAAAUGCAAGAUUCAGCAACAUUAAAGAAGAAAGAAAUCUUAUUGCACACAUUGUAAUUUUCAUGGGCACACGGUUGAUACAUGUCGUAAGUUGCAUGGUUAUCUACCAGGUUAUAAGCCGAAAUCAAGGGAAAGGCCUCAACACUUUUCCAGCAACAAUCAGGUUAAUCAAGUCUCUACAAACAUACAGGCUCCCAAGCUUGAUAAUGGUCAAAACGAUCAACAUACUGGAGUUGGAGACUUUUUGUGCAAAACCUCAAUCCAAAUCAAUACCAGCAACUAUGUCUAUGUUGUCUUCUCAUCUGGAUUCGAGCUCAGUCACCACAACUCCUGACCAUGACAGUAAUGGCAUCUCUUAUGCUGCAGGGAUAUGUUAUUCGAUUUCAGUAAAUCCUAAGUUCUUAUCCAAAGACUUAUGGAUAAUGGACUCUGGUGCAACAAGGCAUUUUAAUCUACUAUCUAUUAGUGCCCUAAGGCUUGGAUCUCAUCUCACUGUUAACUUCUUUCAUGAUCAUUUCGUCAUCCAAGACAUCAAUACCAAGAAGACGAUUGGCAGGGGUAGUAGAAAGCAGGACUUGUAUAUCUUGGAUGCCAAAAAUCUCAGUUCAAUUUCUAGUAAUGAUCAUUUUUCUAACAACCUUAAUUCUUUUGAUCUUGUGCAUUAUGAUAUUUGGGGGCCAUAUCAAAUCCCAUCUUACACUAGACACGGAUUCUUUGUAACAAUAGUGGAUGAUUGCUCAAAAUUUACGUGGUUAUUCUUGUUAAAGCAAAAGUCAGAUGCUACUGUUGUAAUUUCUCGAUUUUUCAGCAUGUUUGAAACCCAAUUUCAUGCCAAAAUAAAGGUUUUUAGAUCAGACAAUGCACCUGAAUUGGCAUUUAAAGAUUUUUUUGCUAUGAAAGGAGUCUUGCAUCAAUUUAGUUGUGUUGAACGUCCCCAACAAAAUUCAGUAGUUGAACGUAAACACCAACAUCUGUUAAUAGCAAGAGCUUUAUAUUUUCAAUCAAAGGUCCCUAUACAUCUCUAG